AUAGUAGAAUAAAAAAUAAACCGGAGAAUAGAGAUACAAUUCGUUAGUAUAUGGGGAGAAGCAAAAGGAACGUAUUCACGAUUGCGUGGAGUUAUCUGUCGAUCUUCAUUUCGUAAGGAUGAAAGUUCCGUCGGAUAAAGAUUUCACUUAUGCGAUGACUCCGUUGAAAAUGCUGUCGUGGCCUGUGGGUACCUGGCCUCUUCAAGAGUACGAUAUCUUCUCCGGUAUACGUGCCAUAAUCGCGAUUUCAUUUCUGCUACUCAUGCUGAUGGUCAUGCAGAUGGAGUUGUAUUUAGACAUUAGCGACGCAAAGAAGAACCUAGACGCGCUAAUAUUAAUUAACUGCAGCAUUUUGUCCUUAUCGAAAAUCAUACGUUUUCGUAUUCAGCCUGAUAGUCUUAUUUUGAAUUUUGUCUCGGCGGUUAAAGAUUAUAACGAACUGAAAGACCAAGAGAAACGAGUGAUAAUGCGAAGGCACGCUUAUAUGGGAAGAUUGGUGUCUGCUAGUAUGAUAUUUUCUUCGUAUAUCGGCUCCACUCUUUACAUGACUAUUCCAAUGAUGGCUGGAGAUAAAGAAAAAGAUAUAGUUAACGUAACGAAGGAAAGUACAACGGAUUACCCUAUACCUUCCGAAUGUGUAAUAGCCCUUAUACAAUUGCCGGAUAAUUUGUACUUUAUGGUUUUUAUCAUAGAGUACUUGAUGCUGUUAUUCACGAGCACUGGAAAUCUAGGAAGCGAUACGUUGUUCCUCGGAAUUAUUUUUCACCUGUGCGGUCAGGUAGAAAUUUUGAAGCUGGAAUUCAGUAAACUGGGCAACGAGAAUGAAAGAACAAUGGAACGUUUCGUCGUAUUAAUCAAGAGGCAUGUUUACUUACUGAACCUGGCCAAGAUGCUGAACGAGACGAUCAGCACUAUCUUGGCUGUGCAACUAUUCUCGAGUUGCGUACUUAUUUGUAUAACCGGAUUUCAACUUAUUCUCGAUCUGAGCGUCGGAAACAUCGUCAUGACGAUAAAAGAAUUUAUAAUUCUGAAUGCUAUGUUGGUGCAACUGUUUGCAUACAGCUACGUGGGCGAAUAUUUAAAGCUUCAAAUGGAAGGCGUUGGCGACUCGCUGUAUUUCUGCAGUUGGUACGAUAUACCGACAAGUAUAACAAAAGAUAUUAUUUAUGUCAUUAUGAGAAGUCAAGAUCCAGUUUUCUUGAAGGCUGGCAGAUUUUUUAUCGUCAACAUGGAAACGUACAUGAGUAUUGUGAAAACUUCUAUGUCGUAUCUUUCAGUCCUUCGCGUAAUGGUAAAUGCUUGAAGUUAUACGAACCUGAGUGUUACGUCCCGUGAUACUACAUCGUACAUUUUAGUAUUUUUUAUAGCUAAGGUCCUUAUAACCUAAGCUAAAUACACAAGUAUCUUUCAAGUUGAAGCAGUCCUUAGAUUUAUUGUCCAUUUCCAAAAAACACGGGAAGGCGGGUUUUUCCAUGUACAAUGCCACCCACGGGCGACCUUUGAUUGGGGACAGCCAGCACCCAUUCUUAUCUACCAGCCUUUUUUUAUGCAAUUGGUAGUAAUGACCGUUGUCCUUACUUCCUAACCAAAAUUUCCAUCAACGAAUCUGCUUGUUCCGUGCUUUAGACACACCCAUCAUUCGUUUUCCUCCGCGAUAGCAUCAUUGGCGAACUUUACUGGUUUUACGUCCUUUGAUCAACAUCUUGACUGGUUUUUUGUCCUUUGAUCAGUCAACAUCCUAACUAGUUUUUUAAUCUUCUAUCGGUUAAUAUCUUAAAUUGCUAUUUACACUUCGUUGAGAACACGUCUAAACGCACCACGCGUGAAUAAUUAAAUCUUCAAAGUUGUUGGAAUAAAGUAUAUAUCUUAAUAAGAGUUCGACUGAUUCGUGACGUCGAUUAUCGUAUCGUAACGAGAAUUUACGACUCUUAUUGGCGUACUCUACCGCGGUCGCGUCUCUUCGCAAUCGGUCGAACAAUAAUAAAGUAGAAUAAAAUAUAAAACAUUUUCUUUCUGGUGAAUUAAUAUUCAUUUCGAAUACUCGAAAUUAAAUUAUUUUGGAAUCGAAUGUGCGCAGUAGAUCGUCUCAGUAGACUGUUAUGGUCAAUGACUCGCGCAAUUUUCGAUAGAUGUUAUUGCAGCAUCGUUUAUUUAUAGCCAUUGACUAAGAACAGCAUAGACGAGACAUUACAUGGGCGUUUGCGUCCCAGGUUCUGAAAUACCGACUCGGAAAAAAACUAAAGUUCAUUUGUAUUACACUGUGGUCAAGGAACAGGAAUACAACAAGAGCCGACUCUUCACAUGGAAAUCCACAUGGAAAACAAGAAGGGUCUUUUCUGCGCAAGCACGGCACGCGUAUAUGGAUACAUAUAAACACUAUGAAUACUUCAGACAGAGGCAUUCAAAAACAAAAUUUCAUUUUGUGCCUUUAUAUUUUUGUUCGUAUGAAAACAGAUCAAAGAAGAGGACAUAUGCACGUAAGUGGGCGUAAAUGUUUUCGUGCGCGUACUAGGAUAAAUCGUACGUCAAGUCGAAGUAAGUAAACGAAAGUAGAGGUCUGUCAUUGAAAGGCUAGCCGUAUAAUAGUGUCUGGUUUCGAAAAUACUUUGUUAAGUUUAUUAUCACAAAUCUUACUCCAUUCAGUAUCUUACAUUAUAAGGCACGUAUCAUACGAAUGAAAUGACAGAUUUAUAAUAAAAUACUUAGCAGAUGAAAGCAACGAAAAACAUACUAUUUGUACUGAAUAUAAGAUGAUAUCCUAAUGCUCAUAACCGUAUACAUAUUUUUAUAUAAUAUUUCAAAUGUAGAAAUACAUUGCAUAAAAGAAAUAUAAUAAUUUGGUGCUAUCGGUCGCUCUCGUGCUGCUAAGCUCGAGAAAUACCGUUACGAGAUCAGAAUUCCUGUUUUCAUCUACAUUUUGAUCGAUG